AUGGUGCAGACUCGAUCGAGAUCGGCCACACAGCGAAUCGUUCUCAGUACAUUGUAUCUCGGAACUGGAGCGCCUGAACAGGCUCUGGUGGAAUCAAUUGAUUCUAAUCUUAAAGAAAGGGAAAACCUUCAAGUUGUUGUAUUGUUGGACCAUUUGCGUGGUACACGUGGUUCCGCCAUAGGGAGCAGUAGCACUACGCUUCUUAAGACUAUUGCUAAUAGAGCUUCGGUAUAUUUGUACCAUACGCCUAAGUUGCGUGGACUACUGAGGCAUAUCCUUCCAGAAAGAACAAAUGAAAUCAUAGGUUUGCAGCAUAUGAAAAUUUAUGUUUUUGAUGAUACGGUACUUUUAACUGGAGCAAAUCUAUCCACGUCUUAUUUUAUUAACCGACAAGAUCGAUACGUUGUAUUCGAAAGCUGUAAGGAAUUGGCUGACUUCUUCCACGGUGUUGUCGCAGCUGUUGGCAAGUGUUCCUUUCAGCUUUGCGAUCAGGGUUCGAUUGAACUAAAUCCUGCUUGCUCUGUGCACCCUUUUGAAGGAUGCUUCGCCGAUUAUCGCGCCCUACUUCGGUCAUGCAUUGACAAAGUUAUUGCUGCCUUGCCAGACAAAGAAUUGCUGCCACAUUCAUUGAGUGACACUAUUGUAUAUCCAUUGCUUCAAAUGGGUCCUUUUGAAUACAAUGAGGAGUACAACUUGUUGAAAGGACUUCUUUCGCUGCAGUACGAACAACUAAUGUUCACUGAGGGCAAAUAUUCGAUGGACAUAAUCACUGCAGCACCUAAAGCUAACGGAUUCUUCGGCGCGACCGGAACCUCUGGAUACAUUCCGUCCAUAUACUCCCGGGUUUCGGAGAGUGUUCUACAAUUGAAGAAGAGAUAUAAUAGGUCCAACGUGAACUUGUAUGAGUAUUAUCGCGAUGGAUGGACUUUCCACGCAAAAGGUUUGUGGGUGGAAACAGCAACAGAGACCGCUUCUCUCAUUGGAUCUUCCAAUUUUGGGUAUCGGUCUGUUCACCGUGACCUUGAAGCACAAGUGCUGCUGGUAACGUCCAAUGAACAUUUACGUGAUCAGUUAAAAGAGGAACGAAAUAGAUUAUUUGAUUUUGCUUCGAUAUUGGAUGAAGUGGCUCUUAGGAGGGCUGAUCACCACAUCCCUAUGGUUGUUCGAAUGAUUACCCGAUUAAUCAGGAAUCUUUUCUAG